AUGAAGCCGCAUCACAACAACAAUGAUAUUCAAGAUGAUGUGAUGCCGCAGACAAGCACAAAUGGCAGGCGUGAUGAAGACAGCACUUCGCAAUCCGACAAAUCUGGACCUGCAGUAACGGAACCAGCAGCACGGCUCUCAGGAAAUCCCCAAGACAUUAUCUGUGGACGUGGUCUUCACAUCAUGAGUCACCUUGGAAACAUCAGGUUGCACAGUAUUGUCAAUAGACAUCGUCAGACCUACCAAGUAGCGUCCCGUCGAGAAAAGGCUGCUCUAGCACAGCGCAUAGUCGACGAGAUCAAGAGUACCGGAUCAAGAUUCAUCCGUCGUGCAGGGGAUGGUAGGGAUGAUGAAUGGAUAGAAGUGGACAACGAGACCGCCUACAAAAAGGUUGGACACGCUUUGCGUCUCAGAAAGACACUUCCACAACAAAAAAGUCCCCAAGCAAGGCUGAUACAAGAAAUCCCACAACACCAAGAUUCGAAUAUUGGCUUAUCAAAUGGUACAAUGUCGACAGCCUUGCAGCAGGUCAUUGGCAUGACGGCAGCAGUCCCACAGAAUGCUAUGAUGCAUCAUGCAUCUAUGCCGCCUGCUUUCUCUGCGCCUGAUUCAUGGCACCCGCUGCUACGGAAUCAGUUGAAUCCUAUUGGGCAAAUGCCCGGAUUACAACAUCAGCCACAAAUGCCACCGCCGCCGGCCGUCAAUGAAUAUGGUCAACAACUUCUAGCGAACACUCUGUUUGCAAAUGUGUUUCAAUCGACAUUGUCUGCUUUGUUGCAGGCAACUUAUCAGCGAGGGCCACCACUGCCAGUAGGUCCGAUGCGGAAUGACCAAGGAGAACAGGAUGGUACUGUUGGACUUUUCCAAGAAUCCCCAAGUGGCACUGACGGAAUGGGAUGA